AUGCAAUCACUAACUGACAAACAUGAAGCCCAACAGCAUCCAUGGAUUACAGUAUCUGGCAAGUCGAAAGGUCACCCAAUAAACCUUGAGUUAAACAACAACAACAACAAAUACUCGGCCCUGCACGUCGAGGAUGACACAGAAAUUGUCAUUGAUAGUGACGAAACUAAAGCGUCAGUAAAUUCAGCUGGGAGUAGAAAUAAAUACUUUCCACAUCACACACCAAAAACAAAGACGACCAGAAAUCUACAAGACCCGAAACCAAGAAGUACAACAUCAGCUCAACAGCGAAAGAUUGCUAUCCUGGGAGAUUCAAUGAUUAAAGGUAUAAACUCAAGAAAACUUCAACAUGGCCUUAAACAAAAAGUCAUUGUAAAAACAUUCCCGGGUGCGCAUGUAGAAGAUAUGACUCAUUACGUGAAGCCAACUCUAGCCUCGAAUCCAGCUGAAGUCAUUGUACAUAUCGGUACAAAUGACUUGAAAAACAAGUCACCCAGUACCCUACUUAAAACGGUAGACAAUCUUGGAGAAAUGAGUACGGAGAGUAAAGAUGUUAAACUGACAUUAUCAGAGAUUAUAACCAGAUGUGACGAUGAAACUCUAGCGGACAAGGUAAAUAUUUAUAAUGAACUUCUAGCUAACCUUUGUACUGAGCGAAAUUGGGGGUUAAUUAAAAACUCUAAUAUAAAGAAAGAUCAUUUAAAUAACUAUGGACUCCACUUAAACCCAAGAGGUUCGACGGUCCUAGCUAAGAACUUCAAACUGUAUGUAAGUAAUCAAAAUUGACUAAAUGUUAAUUCACAAAACCUAAUGAUGCAAGAACCUAUUAGAAACUCCGGUGCAGUAUCAACGGAUAACCAAAGCAAACUAUAUCCAAAACUUAAGGGCUUUUCAAUUGCGCAGUUAAAUAUUACCAGUCUGACUAAACAUAUUGACGAACUCAGGAUUCUCAUAACAGAAAUGAACUUUGACAUACUAUGUAUUAAUGAAACAAGAAUUGACAAGAAAAUUAAGAACUCAGAAAUAGGACUUCAGGGAUACGACUUAACAAGACGUGACAGAAAUAGACGCGGUGGGGGUGUAGCAAUAUACAUACGUAAUACCAUACCAUACGUGGAGAGGUCAACAAUAAUCCCUGAAAAUGUAGAGGCAGUAUGUAUCGAAGUAAGAAAGCCGAAUGCCAAGCCAAUACUCAUUUUGACGUGGUACCGACCACCAAACUCCAAUUCUGAGAUUCUCGACUCUUUUGAAAUCUUUCUUCAAAACAUAGACACAGAAAAUAAAGAAAUUAUAAUAACUGGAGACUUUAAUAUAGAUUUAAUGCCCAGUGAGACCGAGAAUAGUAAGGCAAAAAGGCUUAAAGAAUUACUAAACACAUAUCAAUUGUCUCAACUUAUUAAAAAGCCUACUAGAACAACAGAAUCAACGAAGACGCUCUUUCUCUUUCUUCAGAUUUAAUAAUCUGUAAAACUGACGACCCCAAAACCGCUACAACGGACGUUGUUGAGCUAGGUAUAAGCGACCACAACCUAGUCUACACUUGUAGAAAGGUCGGAAUAUGUAAACAAAAACCCAAAAUUAUUGAAACAAGGCAAUACCAUAAACUAAAUAAUGCGAAAUUCCAAAACGAUUUAAAACAAGCUUUACUACAUAUUAAUGAACAUUCAGAUCCAAAUACGGCCCUACAGGAAUGGAACAGAAUUUUUCUACUGAUAGCUGAUAUAAAUGCUCCUAAACGAUUGAGAAAAGUGAGAAGUGACCGACAACCGUGGAUGACUGAUGAAAUUAAAAACUCAGCUUUCACAGAGACUACUUAA